AUGAAGUUUGGCGACCAGCUUCGCACGAGUGUGAUCAAAGAGUAUCAAUGGUAUUAUAUUGUGUACGAUGAACUAAAGGAUCAGCUUAAGACUAACUUCCUCGAACAACCUUCAAAAAACAAUCCACGUGGAAAACGUAAGCCAUGGACUGAAGAAGAUGAGACCAAUUUUUUGGCACGCUUGGAGUCUGAAUUGGAUAAGGUACACACAAAGCAGAAGAUCAAGGCAAUUGAAAUCAGUAGACGUAUUGCCACCAGCGAGCGAGAGGUAGGAGAGGUAACAAUUAGACUCAAUCGGCAUGAAGAUGCACCGUCAGAAGCUGAAUUCAUCAUGCUGGAGGAAGAUUUGAGCGAUAUCAUCGCGGAUGUUCAUGAUCUGGCCAAAUUUGUGCAGCUCAAUUAUACGGGGUUCCAAAAAAUAAUCAAGAAACAUGACAAACAAACCAGCUGGAUGCUCAAGCCGGUUUUUGCGACUAGACUCAAAGCCAAACCGUUCUACAAAGACAACUACGAUGCAGACAUCAUAAAACUAUCCAAACUGUAUGAUAUUGUGCGCACGCGCGGUAAUCCAGUUCAGGGCGAUAGCUCAGCUGGAGGAGCUCAGGGUAAUUUUAUUCGACAGACUACGAAGUAUUGGGUACAUCCAGACAAUAUAACUGAAGUCAAGCUCAUUAUCCUAAAGCAUCUCCCUGUUCUUGUCUUUAAUGCUAACAAAGAAUUUGAUGCCAAAGACUCUGCUAUAACUUCUAUCUACUAUGAUAACUAUAACACGUGGGAACUUUACAAAGGACGGCUAAAAAAAACUGAAGGUGCCGAAGCUAUAAGAAUGAGAUGGUAUGGUAGCAUGGAUACCGAGACAAUAUUCGUUGAACGAAAGACGCACCGAGAAGAUUGGACAGGUGAAAAAUCAGUAAAAGCACGCUUCAGUCUGAAGGAGAAGAAUAUGAACACUUAUCUCAACGGCACCCUUCUACCCGAACAUAUCUUCGAAAAGGCACGAAAAGAUGGGACAAAACCUCAAAGGCAACUGGAUGACGAUGAACGAUUGGCAAAGGAGAUACAAUAUUCCAUCCUAAAGAAUAACUACAAGCCAGUUUGUCGGUCUUUUUACAAUAGAACUGCAUUUCAGCUCCCAGCUGACGCACGUGUCCGGAUUUCGCUUGACACCGAGUUGACAAUGAUUCGUGAGGAUAAUUUAGACAACUGUAGGCGAGCGGGAGAUAAUUGGAGACGAAUGGAUAUUGGAAUUGAUUAUCCAUUUUCCCAGUUACCCCCCGAAGAUAUUGAGCGUUUCCCCUACGCCGUCCUGGAAGUAAAGCUUCAGACGCAGGCAGGUCAAGAACCUCCUGAGUGGGUGCGCGAAUUGAUCUCAAGUCAUCUAGUUGAGGCUGUCCCUAAAUUUUCUAAAUUUAUUCAUGGAACAGCUACACUUUUUCCAACUCGUAUUCGCCUUCUCCCUUAUUGGAUGCCUCAAAUGCAAAUCGACAUACGGAAACCUGUUACCCAGAAAUUUGGAAUUCGUCGCACACGUCACUCGGCACUUAGUUCUACGAGUGAUGAUGAUGAAGACGAAGAUUCUGACGAAGAUUCCGCAACAGAAGACGAGAUGGCCCACGAAACUCGUGAUAGUUGCAUCUCUGACCAUCACGCUCACGGUAAUAGCUUAGAUACAGAAGAGAUUGUUGGCCUACCUUUAGUGGGACCUGAAUUUUCCAUAUACGAAUCCGACGAUGAAGACAACAAAGUAAUAGAUAUGGAAGAGGCUCGUAGAAUUGGCGGCUGGACGUACCAAUUAAAGCUUCUACAUGCUCGUGCUAGUCAGGCGAUACUAGCUUUCUUGCAGUCAUUUCGAGUAUCACGGAAAAGGCCGGCACAAGCUCAAGCAAGAAGACUGGUGGUUGAUAGCCGGUUUAAAGCCCCCAGCGGUAAAAAGAUUCAUGUUCCCAUUAGAAUCGAACCGAAGGUAUAUUUUGCAGCGGAAAGGACCUACUUGUCUUGGCUUGAAUACUGUGUUUAUAUUGGUUAUAUAUCUGUGACUGUCCUCAAUCUAGGAUCUAAAUCCCGUUUGGCGGACUUCCUCCCUGCACUAGCCUUUAUUACUGUCGCUUUGUUGAGCACAAUAUACGCUAUGACAAUGUAUAGUUACCGAUCCUAUGCGAUUCGCCAUCGGAGGGCAAUUCGAUAUCAUGAUCGCUAUGGAACUACUAUGCUCUGUUUCGUAUUCUUCGUAGCCAUAAUGCUCAACUUUUGGCAGCAGCUUGGUGACCGAACUGGACAGGUGACACCAGGAAUCCUGGUUUUUGGAAAGGAGUAG